GAUUCAUUUUCACUUAGGGUUUGUUUCUCCGAUCAGAUCCAAUUUCAAUUCCUUAUCCAGCCAAAUUCUCUCCUCCGUCGCGAUGUCUCUCCGCCGCACCAUCCUCGAUCUCCACCGUCAAACCCACAAAGCCGCUCUCUCAAAGUCGUUACCUUUCUCCAUGAGCCAAAUCUCCUCCGCGUCCGCCACCACCGCCGCCGUGAGAAACCCACUGGGAAUGGGAAGAGACAUCUCUUCAAUCCCCUUUGCCCUAGCCCAGAAACUCAAACCGGAUUCAACCAAUCUCGUCACCGAUCGUUCGAUUUCUUCUUCAAUCCGACAAUCUGAUCUCAACAACGCAGCUAAAUUCUCGCGUCUCUCGUCUUCACGAGGUUACACUAACGCAUCUUUCUUGCCAAAAAUUCAUUUGCUGUAUCAUAUCAACGAAGGUAUGGAAGAGAUUUUGGCGGAUUACGUUCAUCAAGAGAUGACUAGGCACUUGAUGGUGAUCUCUUUGGGUUUGUUCCAGUUCAUCGUUAUCAAAGAUAUUUUCGUGUUUCUUUUCUGAAACAAGUUAACAUCUUUUGGGAAUCUAAAGAUGUUUUAUGAAUAAGAACAUGAUGCAAUAUUGCAUCUUUUUUUAUAU